GGAAGCGUGCUCAGCGCUGGGCUUGUGCUCCGUACGGAAGUGUGCUUUGGCGCACCGGAAGCCGACUCAACAGAGCUAUGGCGGGUUUGACUGUGAGAGACCCAGCGGUGGAUCGUUCUCUACGUUCUGUGUUCGUGGGGAACAUUCCUUAUGAAGCUACUGAAGAGCAGUUGAAGGACAUCUUUUCUGAGGUUGGACCUGUUGUUAGUUUCAGAUUGGUAUACGAUAGAGAGACAGGAAAGCCAAAGGGUUAUGGCUUCUGUGAAUACCAAGACCAAGAGACAGCACUUAGUGCCAUGCGGAACCUGAAUGGGCGCGAAUUCAGUGGGAGAGCACUUCGAGUGGACAAUGCUGCCAGUGAAAAGAACAAAGAAGAGCUGAAGAGCCUUGGCACUGGUGCCCCUGUCAUUGAGUCACCUUAUGGAGAGACCAUCAGUCCUGAGGAUGCCCCUGAGUCCAUUAGCAAAGCAGUUGCCAGCCUUCCACCAGAGCAGAUGUUUGAGCUGAUGAAACAAAUGAAGCUCUGUGUCCAGAAUAGUCCCCAGGAGGCACGGAACAUGUUGCUUCAGAACCCUCAGCUGGCUUAUGCUUUGCUGCAAGCACAGGUGGUGAUGAGAAUUGUGGAUCCGGAAAUUGCCCUGAAAAUUCUGCAUCGCCAGACAAAUAUCCCAACGCUGAUUGCAGGCAACCCUCAGCCAGUCCAUGGUGCUGGGCCUGGCUCAGGAUCCAAUGUGUCAAUGAACCAGCAGAAUCCUCAGGCCCCUCAGGCCCAGUCUUUGGGUGGAAUGCAUGUCAAUGGCGCACCUCCUCUGAUGCAAGCUUCUAUGCAGGGUGGAGUUCCAGCACCAGGGCAAAUACCAGCUGCUGUCACAGGACCUGGCCCUGGUUCCUUAGCUCCUGGAGGAGGAAUGCAGGCUCAGGUUGGAAUGCCAGGAAGUGGACCAGUGUCCAUGGAACGAGGGCAAGGAACCCUACAGCACUCGCCCGUGGGACCCGCCGGGCCUGCAUCAAUUGAGCGAGUUCAAGUGCCGAUGCAAGACCCCAGAGCAGCUAUGCAGCGGGGAUCCUUGCCUGCCAACGUCCCAACCCCUCGAGGCUUGUUAGGAGAUGCUCCGAAUGAUCCACGGGGAGGCACUUUACUUUCUGUAACUGGAGAGGUAGAGCCUAGAGGUUACUUGGGACCACCUCAUCAGGGUCCACCCAUGCACCAUGUCCCUGGCCAUGAGAGCCGAGGACCACCCCCACAUGAACUGAGGGGAGGGCCAUUACCCGAGCCCAGACCUCUAAUGGCAGAACCAAGAGGACCCAUGCUAGAUCAGAGGGGUCCACCCUUGGAUGGCAGAGGUGGAAGGGAUCCCCGAGGAAUAGAUGCACGAGGGAUGGAGGCCCGAGCCAUGGAGGCAAGAGGGUUAGAUGCCAGAGGAUUGGAGGCCCGUGCAAUGGAGGCCCGUGCGAUGGAAGCUCGUGCAAUGGAGGCCCGAGCGAUGGAGGCCCGUGCGAUGGAAGUCCGAGGGAUGGAGGCCAGAGGCAUGGAUACCAGAGGCCCAGUGCCUGGCCCCAGAGGACCUAUACCUAGUGGAAUGCAGGGUCCCAGUCCAAUUAACAUGGGGGCGGUUGUCCCCCAGGGAUCCAGACAGGUCCCAGUCAUGCAGGGAACAGGAAUGCAAGGAGCGAGUAUACAGGGUGGAAGCCAGCCUGGCGGCUUUAGUCCUGGGCAGAACCAAGUCACUCCACAGGAUCAUGAGAAGGCUGCUUUGAUUAUGCAGGUUCUACAACUGACUGCAGACCAGAUUGCCAUGUUGCCUCCUGAGCAAAGGCAGAGUAUCCUGAUUUUAAAGGAACAAAUACAGAAAUCCACUGGAGCACCUUGAUAGGUUUUCAAAAAUACCUGGCAAGAAAUCUGGAAAUUCUAUAAUUUUGUUGAAAUAUUGAAAAAAGAUGACCUGCAUCCUAACCCUUGAAUGACUCAAAUCAGUGCCAGGUGGAGGACUCCCAUCACCUUCUCUCAGAACAAAAUCACUUCAUUUUAUUGUCUUAGUUUGUAUAUUUUCUGUGACUUUAAAUAAACUUUGAACACAAUUUUAGUACACUGCAAA